UGUUAUUUUAGUGUUCCCUUUAUUUUUUUGAGCAGUGUAUUUAAAUAGUGGAGUAGUGUGGUUUUAUUUUUUUGGUGAGUGUAGUGUUUUUGUUACUUUUUAAAGCAAAGUAUAAGGGAGUACUCCAGUCUAGUAGGUGGCAGUAAUGCAACAUUUAUUGGAUGUCAACCGCCGUUAAACCUCAUCGACGAAGAAGUAGAAGAAGACACGCUGUCAUGGCGCCCAACACAAACAGAAAACGACAGAAUGGUAGGCAUGUCUGAAAACAAAGCCAUUGAACUCCAACUGCAAAUGCGACAAAAUGCAGAGGACCUGCAUAACUUCAUGAAAGAUCUUGACAGCUGGGAAACUGACAUAAAGAAGAAGGAUGAGCAACUAAGAAGUGGGAGUGUUGUCGAGUCUCAAAAAAGCCUCCCACCAGUGCGAAACAAGGACUACAAAAAGAAGAGGGAGAAAAAGAAGGCAUCAGACAACAAUGCAAAGACUGAACCAAAACAAGUACCCAGGAUAAAGUCUUAUGACUAUCAGUCAUGGGACAAAUUUGAUGUGGACAAGGUUUUGGAGUCCAUGGAUAAAGAGGACAGCGCUGCUGAGUCCAAUGACUCUGAAUCUGAGGAUUCUGGGGUUCCUGCUACUGACCAAGACAAAGCUCUUGCUGAGAAGGAGAAAGGUAAUCAGCUGUUUAAAGAAGGGAAGUAUGAGGAUGCCAUUGAGUGUUACACCAGAGGCAUGGGUGCAGACCCUUAUAACCCCAUUCUGCCUACAAACCGAGCUGCCUGCUUCUUCAGACUCAAAAAGUUUGCUGUUGCCGAGUCUGACUGCAACUUGUCCAUCGCUUUGGACAGUAACUACUUCAAAGCAUUUGCACGAAGAGGAGCGUCUCGAUUCGCCCUGCAAAAUUAUGAAUCUGCCCUAGAAGAUUAUGUAAUGGUGCUCAAGCUGGAUCCUGGGAACCUGGAGGCACAGAAUGAAGUGAUGAAAUGCAAAGAGGUCAUUGCUAAACUGGGUGGAAAGGCAGAAAGCCCAGAGGCUGCAGUGGUGACGCCACCUGUGGUGGACGUCAAGCAACAGCAGCUCAUGGAGGAACAGCAGAGGAGACAGGAGGCGGUGGUGCAGAAAGACAGGGGGAACGCAUACUUCAAAGAGGGGAAGUAUGAGGCUGCAGUAGAGUACUACACCAAGGGCAUGGAAGCAGACAGCACCAAUGUCCUCCUGCCUGCCAACCGAGCCAUGGCUUACUUAAAGCUGCAGAGAUAUAAAGAGGCUGAAGAGGACUGCAGUAAAGCCAUAGCCCUGGAUGGCACCUACUCAAAGGCCUUUGCCCGCAGAGGGACAGCUAGGGCUGCUCUGGGACUGCUAAAACAAGCUAAAGAAGAUUUUGAGGAGGUCCUGAAGCUAGAACCAGGAAACAAGCAGGCAUUUCAUGAGAUGAAGAAGAUUGCAAUUGACAUGGGCACCAGUGGUCUGCUGGCAACAGAGGAGCAUGCACAGCGGAGAACAAUACUGCCAGUUAACAAACCACCUCACCUGCAGUCAACUAAACCAUUGAGGAGAGUGGACAUUGAGGAGGUUGGUGGAAAGAUCCUUGUCCAGAAGGAGCCCUCAGCUGUUUUCACUUCAACCACAGCCCCCUGUGUUAGGCCCCAGAAGACCACAUCCAUCGCAGACACCGUGAGAGAGGCCUCACCUCCCUCUACCUCCCCCAGCGCUAAGAUCCUGAAGAUAGAAGAAAUAUCAAACAUCCCCUCACAUUCCCCUGUCAAAGGGCCUGAGGGGGAUGCUGUGAGAGCACAGACACAGAAGCACAGGGAGGAAACCGUCAGUAAACCAACAGAACCGCCUGCUACACCCUCAACUGAGGUCGUACCUCCUGCCCCCACCAACAGCUUCCAGCUAGAGGCAGACCUAAGGAAGAUUGGAAAUGGCCCUGAAGUUAUCUACAAGUAUUUGAAGCAAAUCCAGCCUCAGGCAUACGCAAAGAUCUUCCAGAGCUCUCUGGAGCCAGACAUGCUCAAUCAGAUUCUAAGGACGUUACAAAGCUUCUACAUCAAGAAUGAAGAGCCAUCUGUCAUACUGGAGAUCCUCAGGAAUCUGGCCAGUGUGAGGCGGUUCGACAUGGCUGUCAUGUUCAUGUCCAUCCCUGAGAAGAAAGUUCUACAAGAAUUGUUUGACUUUCUUCGUCAAGCAGGACUUGAGGACGCUUCAGUAGGAGCACUGCAAAAGAAGUAUGGAGUGUGACGUGAGUGCCGAACCCUAAAAAUGGACAUCCCCACAGACAGCAAAAUUGCUUUUUUCUUAAGCAAGCAGUCGAUUGAAGUAGUUUUUCAAUGCUCUAGUACAUGUUACUAAUUCAAACAUUGCUGUAUGUACACAAUGCAUCACUUAAUUUUGCCUGCCAUAUUGGAAGGUCUAUAACAUUUGAUGUAAUGCUAUACUGUUUUUUUUCUUCUAUUGCUCAAAACAUGUAAAAGUUUCAUCCUCGUAUGAGAACAGCAUUUACUAUGCAUGGCCAAAACAAGAAUGUUCUGACUGCGGCCCAACAGAACCAUAGGGGUAAUAGUUCAGAUAUGCAUCUGGCGCUCUCUCUGAUUGCCAAUACAAUUUUUGUUUGUUAUUUUCAAUUCUUCUGUCCAGGACUGUCCAUCUCAUGUUCAAGACGUUAAUUGCAGUGAAUGAGUGUGAAUACCUAAUAAAUUGACAAUCUUUAUUGAUGAUCACUGGAAGUGCAGAUACGGAAAAGAUACUUUUCAGCAAAUAGCAUUUUCACACAUUAACUGUAAAAUAUAGGUUUUUGUGUCCUCUACACAUGGACUAAGGUUGGCACGAAAGUAUAGACUGUGGAAAGUAAACCAAUUACAGGAAGUCUGUCGAUCUUCAUUAAUAAAGCACACAUUUUCCAAACAGCAGUACAAGAUAAUAAAGACACUGUUAGAUUGCA